AUGCCACGUUCUAAAAGAGAUAAAGAAGUUUCAUUGACGAAAGUUAAGAAGAAGACUAGAGAAAGCAGAAAUAAUUUAAUAUCAGAAAUUCGUAAUGCUGCUGAUAAAUAUCCAUAUAUUUAUUUGUUUAAUUUGGAAAAUCUUCGUUCAAGAGGAUUCAUUGCAGUUCGACAACAUUUUAAAUCAAAUUCAAGAUUUUUUUUUGGCAAAAAUAAUGUCAUGAGUAUUGCUUUAGGUAAAGAACCUGAAGGAGAACAUGUUGAGGGAAUUCACAAAUUGUCUAGACUUUUGAAAGGACAAUGUGCUUUAAUGUUUUCAGUUAUCAAACCAAAAGAAGUUCUUGAGUUUUUUGAAUCUUUCCACCAAGAAGACUAUGCACGUGCUGGAGAUAUUGCUACUGAAACAGUUAAAUUAGAAUCUGGACCUCUUGCACAAUUUUCUUUUUCAAUGGAACCACAAUUACGUAAAAUGGGACUACCGACUGCACUCGAAAAAGGUGUUAUUACAUUAGUAAAAGAAUUUGUAGUAUGUAAUGAAGGAGAUACUCUAAAUCCUGAACAAUGUAAAAUAUUGAAAGUUUUAGAUUAUAAGAUGGCUGAUUUUCGAUUGAAAGUCAAUGCAGUUUUUGGAAAAUCAGAAGGAUUAAAAGUUUAUUAA